CACGCAUUGGCAGCCAUUUGCAGCCAUUGGCACACAUUGACACACAUUGACAGCGUGGACGACCAGGGAUGUUGGACUGUUGACCAGCGUCUUUGCAUUGCAAUUCUCGCCUGUCAGGUCUCAGCGCAACCCUCGGCCUCAAGCAACCAUGACCAUGACGGAGCAGAACGGCAUCGACAUAUUGUGUGACGCCGCGGGCUCCGAUCUGCUGUUGUCCUCGCUCGACUAUCGCCAGUCUCCAAACUCGUCCGGCACCGGGAAUGCGACUGGGAAUGGCACUGGUGCGGCUUCCGCUGGCGGAGGCACUACCAACACCAACAACAACACUACCUCGACCUCUACCGCCAGCGCCAACCCACAUCCACCUCCGACGUUUCCUCUCCCUGACGCUACUCUCCACGGCCACCAGCAGCAAACACCGGGCCCGCCUCGAGCCAAACGGCCAAAGACCGAGUCGGCUCCACCUUCGGCCUCGGCCUCGACUUCCAACCACGUCUGUCACGUCUGCAAACGCGUCUAUGAGCGCGCCGACCACCUCACCCGUCACCUGCGCUCCCAUGAGAAUGCCCGCCAGUACCAGUGCACCCGCUGUGCAAAGCGCUUCAAUCGCGCAGAUCUACUCACGCGCCACGAGACAACACACGACAGGGACAACGAUGGUAAAGGACGGACCAUAAUCCGCCGGAGCGACCGUGCCGCUGAAGCAUGCCUCAACUGCGCCACGUCCAAAGCGAAAUGCGAUGAUAUGAAACCUUGCACCCGCUGUCGGCUCAAGAACCUCGUCUGCGAGACCUCCAACAAGAAGACACCGCAAUACCGGACGGCAGAUGGCACCGAUGCCGGUUCUGUCUUCACGCCCUCCGAACAUGGCACCCCAAAUGUCGCCUCGGCCUCCAUGACUCCUGUCGACGGGACCAUGUCGUCGACUUCUGGUGGCUUCAACGGUGGUUACGGCAUGCCCCCUGCUAAGCAGUCGACUUCCUAUGGCCAUCCUCAACAUCAUCCUCAACAACACCAGCAACACCACCCGUAUCCCCCUGCGCAUCACCAUCCACAUCAGGGGGUCGAGCCACUCAAUCACCUCGACCUGAUCGCGGGGCCCAUGAUGAACGGCCUCCCCGAGGAUCUCCUCUACCCGAUUCACUCUAACCCCACAAACCCCUGGUUCCAGGACAUCGACUUCACCUCCUGGGACAUUAACUUCGACGGCUUCUCCGUGCCCCAAGUCGAUUCCUACAGCCAGAGCCCGCAAUCCACCGCCGGCACCGCAACCACGUCCUCCAAGCCGACAGCCCACAGGAAGGCGAGCCACCGCGACUCAGCCCGACGCCACGCCGCCUUCAAGCGGUCCCCCUGGCUCUGGGAGCCCUCCGAUAAACAAGACUACGUGCGCAAAGAGACGGAAGCGGGGCUCCGAAAUCUCGACAAUGACGCCGUGGCAGCUGUCGCUCAGUCCCGACUCCCCAGCCGGCCAUCAAACCUGAUGAGCAAGAUCAAGAUCGACUCAACCACCCGGGACCGGCUCUUCGCGAUAGUGUUGUCGCAAAUAAACGAUCCCCACCGUGUGCCGUCGUUCCCGUCGUUGGAGUUGCUCAAUUUCCUGCUGCAGGCCCACCUGGUGCAUGAUGAAUACCAGUGCGAUAGCUGGAUACACUCGCCUUCGCUGAACCCGGCCGAGAUGUUGCCCGAACUGCUGGGUGCGAUCGUGGCGAAUGGGGCGAGCUUUAUUGCGGUCCCGGCCAUUUGGCAGUUUGGGUUGUCGAUGCAGGAGAUUAUAAGGACGAGGAUGGCUAGUUUGUUCGAAUCGCAAAAUGCGAAUACUCGGAAGCUGGAAUGUCUUCAGACUUUUGCGUUGCACCUUGCUAUUGGCAUGUGGAGCGGGUUUAAGAGGAAAACGGAAUUGGCGGAGGCGUUUUUGCAGCCUCUGUUGAUUAUGAUGCGCCGUGCUGGCGUUUAUACCGCUGCCGUCUAUACACAGGCAGACUUACCAACAGUUCUUCCUCAAGCUUCGGACUCGCCAGAGGUGUUGGAGAGGAAAUGGCGGGUGUUUAUCAAUAGAGAGUCUUACAAGAGACUUGCCCUGCAUAUGUUCCUUCAUGAUGUGCAAACUUCUGUCACCCUUCAGACCACACCCCUCCUCUCCUUCACCGAACUCUGCUUUAGUCUCCCCUCCUCACGCGACCUCUGGAAAGCCCCCUCCGCCAAAGCCUGGCGUGACCUGCACUUUAUCAAACGUCCACCGCCUCCCGACCGGCCCAUGCCACGUCUCAACGAAAUCAUACACUGUCCCGGCCUGCUCGACGACUUCGUCGACUUUGUUGACAUCGAGCUCGUCAAUACCGCCGUUCUCCACGCCUUCUGGGGCCAGAUCUCCGCUUACCGCUAUGGAAUGAGGUUCUACCAAGAGCCCUCCACCGUCACGAGCAUGUCAGGCAACUACGGACAUUACUCUCAGCGUAAUUUCUCGAACCAUCGGGAGUUACUCAAGUCCAUGCAUCGGGAACUUUACAGCGACGCGCAGGACUUUGCUACCACCGUCGUUUACGUGCACAAGAGCCAGCCGUACACUCCAGUCUCGCAUAGACGGUAUCCAGUCCCGUUUCCGGCGCCGGGAGGGUCUAAUGCCACCUCUCCUGGCCCUAACGUCCCCUCGCCGGUAUCGAUCGCAAACUCCAAUUUGCCGAUAACGUUUGAGAUGUUCAUGGUGGCUUUGCACGUGGAUCUCAACCAGCUCCAGUCCUUUGCGGGGAAGGCAGGCGAGGAAGAAGCGAGGAGGGCGUCUGCCCACUUUUUGCACCAAGACCAUGAUCCAGGCACUGGGAGAGAAGGAAACGGAGCAGGAGGUGGAGGAUGGGUGAGGAGCACAGAUGCCAGAUAUGCCGUUUGGCAUGCUGGACAAGUAUUCAGAGUAGCGAGGGGACUGCCUCCGACGGGACUGAGGGGGUUUAAUGCUAUGGCUGUGUAUUUUGCUAGUUUGACGUUGUGGGUUUAUGGACUGCUGGGUGGUCCAAAUCCAGGAUCGCCGGGCUUGCCGCCGCAGUUUGGGGGUAGUGGAGAGCAUGAGAUGGGUGGUGGUGGUCCUGGGGUUAGCGGAGGCUUUGGGGUGAGUCAUCAUGGGCAGCAGCCGUUCACCGGCGGUGGAAUGGAGGAUUCGAGGAGGUCCUCUGUCACGGUUCCGCUGCCGUCCGGUCAUGGGUAUCAGAUGCAGAUGCCUCAUCAACAACAACACCCACAUUCGCAGACACUACCUUCACAACAACCCCCACCACCGCCUCAUCAGUACCAACAACCACAUCCACAACAACCACCGGACGUUCCCUUCGCGAUCCUCGACGGUGAAGAGAGUCGCGAGAUACGUACGUUCCUACGAACAGGUCAUGGAAUUCCGGCACUCACCAUUUCACCACAGCCACCAUCUCAUUCAUCCGGUCUCUCCAACAGCAACGCUACUCCCUCUUCUCAUCCGAUAGUGGAAUCCCUCUUUGCAAACCCAACCUUACCCCUCCAAACAGCCUGCUCCAUCUUCUGCGAAAACUUCCCCUCGCUCUCACACAGCGAAAGCGAACCACUGCCUCCACUGGUCGAAAGUCUGGGGACUUUGCUGAGGGAUCUUGGCAGGGGAAGUACGAGAGGAGGAAGUAGGGCGGGGAGUAGUGCUGAUGAUGACGAAGGUCAUGAGGAUGAUGAGGAGGAUGGAGAAGAAGAGGUCAAGGACAGGGACAGAGACAGGGACAGAGACGAGGGACGGAGUGGGGCGGCGAGUAAGGAUAGGGAGAGGAGAGAGGAUGGGGAUGGUGAAGCGGGAGGACAUGGACGGGGAAGUAAGGCGGGAGUAGCUGGGGUAAAUGAAGAGGAUAGGAGGAUAGAGAGGGCAGCUGAUGGAGGAGGAAGCAAACGGGUUGACGGUGGGCGCGAUGGGGUUCGUGGGAGUUGAGGAUGAGGUGGAUGGAGAUAAGGUCAGGAACGGCGGCGUCGGGGUCAGUUAGGAUAACUGAUGGGAAAUGGUCUUGGGUACUGCGAUAGUGCUGGAUGUUUCGUCGUAUUUUGGUUACUGGAUGCUAGCCCUCAUCGAAAGGAUUGCAGGCGGCGCAUCGAAGGGAGUAUGGGACGACAUAAUCGGAUAUAUGGAUAGGUAGGAUUUGGUUAAGAUAAAAGUGAUAUUGAUUUAACGCAA